CGAGUAUUGUCAUUAAUCGUGUCAUUUGACAUUUUAUUUGAUAAAAGCUUUAUUUACUUAAUUUGGUGAUUAAUUUCGUCUUGCGUUGAUUCUUCGAACUAUUAAAGGAAUGAAGAAAGUGUGUGCUACAGCCAGCGACCCCACCGUCCCUUCACCCCGCACUCCUGACCGCGUGGCUGACCGUACUACCUCAGAGACAAAGCUUGUGAGGCCACCGAGUGUGAAUGUCAAGCGAGGAGUAACGAAGGGCGCUAAAGAUGGCGGCGAGCAACGCCCUCGUAAAGGAUAUAAGAACCAAUCUCCACAAUCUUCUGGCGACGCGGAGAACUCAGCAUGGCGCACGGAGAUGCGACGCGGUACGCAUGCGCUGAGGGACGUGAGGAACCAUCUUGCGGAUUUACAUCAGAAAGCUCUAUCUGGCACCUGGGGCGCCGAGGACGUCCGCGCGGCAACAGCUCGCGCGGCACAACUCUUACGCGAAGCCGAAAGGCUUCAAAGAAGAGCCGCUGAACUUCAGAACAGCAAUGAUUCGGUGCUUAGGAGUCCUGAUCGAGGGUCUAGGAGUCCUAAUGGUGCGGCAAGAAGUCCAGAUCAUGAUGGACACGGGCAGUGUACUUGCCCGGAAGGGUAUCAACCUGGAGAUGCCUAUGAGCCGCCAUUGGUCCACGAGCUCCGGAUGGUCCCUCCAAGCGCUCUGCUCGCGCCGGUGAUGCAGCGUCCACCAUCUUGCGGGCCAGGCUCUUUGAGGAGCAAGUCCGAGUUGGAGCUCUCACGUCGCCUCAGUGAGAGUCUGGACAUGCAAGAGCGAUUGGCCGCUGACAAUGCAGAUCUUGACGUCAAAAGGUACAUUCUGUACAAGGAGCUGAUGAUGAAAGAACAGAGGUUGGAGACGGCGCGAGCGCAAGCGGCGAGGUUGCAAGCGGAACUAAAAUUGCUGGCCCGGGACAAUGCUAGGUUGCAAAUAGCAGUAAAUGCCCAGUCCAAUUCUGAGAUACCCCAACAACCAGAACAACCGGAACAGGACAACGCAGCGAGCGGCGAACCGGCAGAGAAUUACAACGAUCUGGUGAAACAAUUGAGCGAGUUAGAAGAGCAAGUGCGGGUAGUGCAAGAAAUGGCGACCACCAAACACGCUGACGGCCUGUGCAGCGGCCGGCCUUGCGCAGGCGGCGGCGGAGCUAAUAUCUGCUUUGAACCACAGACGGGCAUGCCGCCGAUGCCUCCCACCCAACGUGACUGUCACAUAUGCCCACCGUGCCCGGCGUCCUGCAACCCAGAUGCACCGCUGACCCCGGCAGAAAAGGAGGUUAUCCAACUCAAAGAGAAGCUUCAAAAGUCUGAAGAUGAAUGCAAGAGCUACAUAGCUGAGUGCGCACUGCUCCGCUCCGAGGUGCUCAAACGGAAGGAGGAGGCGGAAACGGAGCGGUGCAUCGCUCGCGAGACUAAAGCGAGAUUGAGGAAACUGGAGAUGAAGUUCGAGGGUCUGACCCCGAAGACGAACAUGCAGGGACCGGCGGAGAAGGCUUUUGAGACCGAAGUGAACGUGCAGAAUCUUAGACAGAUGCUCCGCGAGGCGAACACCGAGAUCGACGAACAGCUCACCCUGAUCACCGAGAUGGAGAAACAGCUCCAGGACUAUCGUCUUAAGUACCUCCAAGCUCAGCAACUGUCAGAAGAGCAGACGAGGCAGCUGGCGGCGUUGGACGCCGACAACGUUCGCAUAUCAGAACAGAUCAACUUUGAGAUCCAGCGCGUCAAGGUCAAGUUCCAAGAGAAACUUCAGGAGUUGACUCCCCUACCCAAGCUGCUUCAGGCCACUCACAGUCAGCUGCGAGACGCUCAGCAGCAGCAAGCUCUUGCUGAACAUAGGGCCGAGCAGCUGGCUAGGGAGCUCAUAUGUGCCAGAGAUAAGAUUUCUGUCCUGGAGUAUACCAUAAACAAACCAGUGGAAAAACAGCCGGGUUCGGACCGCGUGGCCGAGGGUAAACUCCUGGCUGCCACGCAGCAGCGGGUGUCGCAGCUCGCGGACGAAAACAACAAGUUGAAGGCCGAACUAGACAGAACUAAGAACAGCGUCAUCCGUCUCGAAGAGUCGCUGUUGGGCUGUGGAAGCCGGUUCCAGGAGAAGAUAGACGAAAACCAGAGACUGUUGGGUGAACAGCACAAGAUAAAAGAAGAAGCGGAAAGAGCCAUCGCUCGAGCUAACCAGCGGACGGAAACUAUUAGGAAAUGCAUGCAGACGACCAUUGCAGAGCUUGAGAUGCAACUGGCUGCAAGCAGGGCGAAGGUGGCCGCCGCUGACAAGGAAAGGGAAGAGCUCCGACUCAACAUGGAGACCCAAGUUACCCGGUUGCAAGACAACUGCGAAAUGGCGCACCGGCGCGUGCGCGGGCUGGCCUCGCAGGUCGCCGCGCUGCGCAAGAUCGCACCGGAGGUGGACACGGCGCCGGAUUCCCGGCAGCCGUGCCUGUGCAAGGAAUAUAUUGAGACGCUUGCUCCUGAAGCUAAAAAAUAAAUUGAUAUGUAUUUUGAUCACUAAAUCUAUCUCUGUUACAAGGUAAUUUUUUUAUCCUUUUUUGUGAAUGUACUUGUCACAAAGCUUUUAAUGGUAAACAAGACUAAUAUAUUUUAAUAGAAUGA